AUGACGACUCUUAGAAAAGGUGUAUCACUAGUUACUAAGCAUAUUCGGGCGCGAGUGCAAGAGAUUGAGUUGUCCAAACAAGUUUUGGAAGUUGCUGAACCGGCACAUGCUCAGAACAUUUCAUUUGAAGGGAAUAUGCGUCGUAAGAUUGAAGAAUUCUCAUCUCGGAAACGAAGACGAGCCCAAGAUAAUUCGUCCCUUUCCGAUNUAGUUCUGAAGAAGUCCUUGAAGACAAUCCCCAUCCGACUAAUUCAUGUCCAGCCCAUCCUCCCAUUACUCUGA